UUCUUCAUUAUCAGCCUCCAUUUUCAUCUUCUUAUUUUAUUGAGAAUAUUUUCACCUUUUCUUUAAUUUCCACACAACAACCGUCACUACUGCUGCAAAGAGCAAGAGGAAAAGGAAAAGGAGAGAAAAAGAAAGAGACCACAGACACAGGACGAAUUCUACAAGCUUUCAUCAACACAGAAGAGAAAAUGAUGUCUGAGAGCUUUUCCUCCUUUCAGCUUCUGCAACUCUAAGAGGUGGAGAUGAAGAGAUUGAUAUGGGAAUAGCAACACCACAUCUACCGUCAAUUUUCUCUCAGGCAAAGGUUCAGAAUCAAAUUCAGAUUCCGGAGAAGUUCAAUUCUGUAAAUUCUAUGUCCCAGGAUUAUCAUCAGCAAGGUCUCUUCAGCUUCUCAAAUGGGUUCGAGAGAUCGGCAGUGACGACCCACCAAGAACAGCAGCAACAGCACCACGUAGCUCAGCAGAUCCGGAGAGACAAACUCAGGGUCACAGGUGGGUACGAGCCGCCACAUCCGCCGUUAGUGGGAAUCGAAGAGGAAGAAUCUGGUGCGCUUCCUGUCUAUGAAACCGCAGGUAUGUUAUCCGAAAUGUUCAAUUUCACUCCAGCCGUCGCCGGUUCAACGGAAUUAUUAGCGCAGCGGCCGCCGGGUGACAACGAGUGGUAUGGAGGGAGGCAAAGUGUGAUUGGGGGACCGCUUGGAGAAUCCAAGAGUCACAAUAACCGUGACGGUUUGGGUCAACAGCAUCAACAGAUACCGAGUAUUAAUGCAGACGCCGCCGCGAACAUGCACCUUUUUCUGCUGAAUCCUCAGCCGAGAUCGCCGUCUCCUGCUCCUCCUCCCGCUGCAACUUCUUCCACACUCCACAUGUUGCUACCAAACCCAUCCACUUCUCUUCAAGGGUUUCAUGUAUCCGGACCGGCGGCGGGUGCUUUCGGAGCCGGUUCUGUACUAACUCCACCACAAUUCACAUGGGUUCCUGGUAGCGCUGGUCAUGAAGGAGGCAACACGAGUACCCAACUCAACAAUCCAACUGAAAUUGGGGGUACUGUGGUGGAAGGGCAAGGCCUUUCACUCUCGUUAUCGUCGUCCUUGCAGCACUUAGAAGCGGCGAAAGCGGAAGAAUUGAGGAUGGGAGAUGGUGGGUUACUGUAUUACAAUCAAGGAGGUGGUUCUUCUUCAACCCAAUAUCCGUUCAAGAAUUUGGGUGGUCAUCACCAACCAUUGCAUUUGCAAACCGGGGUGGGUCAAAACCACCAAGUUCAUGUCGGGUUCGGUUCCUCCUUAGGAAUGGUGAAUGUUUUGAGGAAUUCAAAGUACGUCAAACCAGCCCAAGAAUUGUUAGAGGAAUUUUGCAGUGUUGGGAGAGGUCAUUUCAAGAACAACAAGUUUGGUAGAAACAACACAAACCCUAAUUCUAAUCCAGGUAGUAGUGGUGGUGGUGGCGGAGGCGGCGGGGACGGUGGUUCUUCUUCAUCAACAAAAGAUCUCCCUCCUUUAUCAACAGCUGAUCGGAUUGAACAUCAAAGGAGGAAGGUCAAACUUUUGUCCAUGCUUGAUGAGGUGGAUAGGAGGUACAACCAUUACUGUGAACAGAUGCAAAUGGUGGUUAACUCAUUUGAUCUAGUGAUGGGCUAUGGUGCUGCGGUGCCUUACACCUCCCUUGCUCAGAAGGCUAUGUCUCGGCAUUUCAGGUGUCUGAAGGAUGCAAUUCAGGCACAAUUGAAGCACAGUUGUGAGCUACUUGGGGAUAAAGAUAGUGCAGGGACUUCUGGCCUAACCAAAGGAGAGACUCCAAGGCUGAAGUUGUUGGAGCAAAGCUUGAGACAACAGAGAACCUUCCAUCAAAUGGGUAUGAUGGAACAGGAAGCUUGGAGACCCCAGAGAGGCCUACCGGAACGCUCAGUCAACAUUUUGAGGGCUUGGCUUUUUGAACAUUUUCUUCACCCGUACCCAAGUGAUGCAGAUAAACAUCUGUUGGCUCGACAGACUGGUUUAUCGAGAAAUCAGGUUUCAAAUUGGUUCAUAAAUGCAAGGGUUAGGCUGUGGAAACCCAUGGUGGAAGACAUGUAUCAGCAGGAGGCCAGAGAAGAUGAAAAAGAGGAUGACAAGAACCAAAAUGUCAAUAACAGCAGCAGCAGCAAUAACAGUGGCCCUGUGCAUACAUCAACGCCUAAUUCAGCAGCAGCAGCUCCCACUACAGCAUCAACAACACCACCAGCAGGCAAAAGAUCCGAAAUCAAUGCUGCCGAAAACGACCCUUCACUCUUUGCAAUGAAUAGACAAUGCUUCUCGGAAAACCAAGCAAAGGACUCCACCACCACUAUUAUUACUUCCACCAUUACCGCCACUGUUACUGACCAGGUGGCGCCACCCAUCUCCCAGCCUUUCACGGCCACCCAUGAAUCAGACAUGCACCAUAGGAUAGCUGUCACUGACGACAUCUGUCGGCGAGGCAGCAUGGCUGCAGCUCCAGCGGAUUAUGGGACCACCACCGCGAACAGUGACCUUGGAUCUACCCUUAUAAGGUUUGGGACCACAGCUGGUGAUGUGUCCCUCACUCUAGGCCUACGCCAUACCGGAAACAUGCCUGAGAACAACUCUAAUUCUUUCUCAGUUAGAGACUUUGGGGGCUGUUAAUUAUUCAAUUAAACUCAAUUUCUAUAUAGUGUUAUUCUCUUAUAAAUAGAAAACACAAUUUUUUUUUCCUUUUUUUUUUCUUUCUCUUGUUAAAUUUAAGUAGAAAAACACAUAGUAAACGUAGCAUUAAUUUAGCUAGCUAGUUGUAUUAUCAUAGUCUUUUUCUUGAGGAUUUUGUACCUUAAUUUUACCUUUGCUAGCUAAAAUAAGAUGAUAUUCCUUUUGGGUUUGGACGAUUAAGGUUGUCAUCUAA